CCAACCUGGUGUCACACUACGUCUCACAUCACUCUUUCUCUUUCCUCUUUCUCUCUCUAAACCCCAAACCCUCGAAAGAUCUUCGUUUUCAGGAGAUCUAAACCAGGUACGCAAAUCUAAAUCGCCUACUGCCCUCUAUACAACGCAGAAAAGUGGGUUUCUCUCUAGAUUUUGUACUCUUUUCACAUGAUCGUUGGUUUUUUUUUUUUUUUUUAAAUUGAUUUGUGUAGUUAGGUUUUCCUGUGGGUCUUGAAUUAGGGUUUAUUAUGUUGGGUGGAUUUACUUUCCAGAGGACACUGUUUUGAUGGACUGGGUGUGAGCUCAGAUACUUCUGCUAUGGAUGAGAGUAAAGAUGUGGGUGGGAGUAGGGUUUUGGAGUCUGCAGUGACUGUGAGUGCACCAGGGCGUGGUGAGAUCCUGGUGGAGGAGUUGGGGGAUGAAACCCUAAUUGAGGAUUCUUUCUCUGAGGGAGGGGGGGAUGAGGGUAAUGGUGAGGAUAUAAUGGUGGAGGUGGUGGGUUCCGAUGUUUUUGUUGAUGGGGUUGGUGGGAAUUCGAAUGAUGAAUCGGGUUGGGGUGGAUUGGUUGUCGAGCCAGGGUUGGAGAAAGAUAUGAAGUUUUUGGAUGGUGGAGGUGCAGCUCAUGAUUUAGCUUCACAGGAAGUUGGGGACUUGGAUAGUGAGGUUUGGGAUCGGGGAAUAGGAACUGGGGUUGGUGAGUCUUCUGCGGUUGCAAGUUCACUUGGUGGAGAAGCCCAGGUUGCUGUUGCAGAGGAAGUUCUGGCAGGGGUGGUGGGUGAGGAGGAUAUGGAGGGAGGCAGGGAAUUGGUUGAUGGUAGUGUUAGUGUAGCUGGUGGUGAGGGAGAUAAAGCCCAGAAUCUAGGAACUGGAACUGAGGCCGAAGGUUCCUUAGCAGUUCAGGAAUCAGCUGGUGAAGAUACCAAAGUUGUCGAGAAGGAAGUUGCAUUGAGGAUUAGUGAGGAGGAAACUGACAGAGGAUUGGUUGGGAAGGGUGUGGAGAGAGUUAUGGCACCUGUUGAUGAAGGGGAGGAGGCAAUUGAUGGUUUGGUAUCGCGAAAAGUAGGUGUUUUGGAUAAAGUAUGGAAUCCUGGCAUUGAAACUGCUGUUGCAUCUUCUUCAGUGAUUGCAAAACCCUUGAGUGUGGGAGGCCAAGUUGAGGAGGGUUUGAAUCCUAAAUAUGAAGUUCGAGGUGCUGAUGCUUUGGCAAGAGUUUUAUCAUGUUCAGAAACAAGUCUAAUCUCCACUGGAGAGGGGGUUUCUGGAGGCACAGAAAAAGAUGGUGGUGUUUGUGCAAGCUCUGUUCUCUCUGAUGAACAAACCCAAGUCGUGGUUGGAGGGGAAAUUUCAGGAGAGAUAUUGUGUUCCAAAGUUGAAGUUAUGGAAACUGAUGCUUUUCAUGAGAGUUUACAAUGUGCCGUAGAAGAACAGCAGUUGGAGGCCAAGAUUGUGGUUGAGACCACUGAAAGUCACAGUGGUGCAACUGCAGAUUUGAUGUCCUUGUCUCAGUCGACUGAAGUUGGUGGUGGUGAAGCUGCUACGGUUGGCAACAGGGUUCUUUUAAACCCCAAAAUUGGUGCUCCUAACACAAAAGGUUUGAGUGAAAUUGUGCCUUCUUCAGAAAAUGAUCAAAAUUUGAAGGUUGAGGCAGAUCAUGGAAGCACAGAAAAUGUUGCCUGUAGUGGUGGAAUUUGCCACAUGAACACCAAGGAAGUUAUGAAUUCCAAAGAUAGUGUUAUGGGAGCUGAUGCUUUUGAUGGGGGUUUACAAUAUUCAUCCAAAGAUAAAAAAUUGAUGGACAAGACGGUGGAGAGUGGCACCAGAGACCAUAAUGACGCAUGUGUGAGUCCCGAUGAACGAACCCAGGUUGCUGAAAGAGGGAAAGCUUCACCUGUGCACAAUGAGAAGAUAUUGGACUCAAAAAUUGAAGUUGUGGGAAGUGAUGAUGCAGAUGGGAAAUGCUGUUCUCCUGAAAAAGAUCAAGAUAUGGAGGUUGUUGGGGGGAGUGGGAACACCAAUAUUGAUGUUGGUGUAUGUGUAGAUCCAGUAUCCUCCAGAGACCAAAUCCCAGUUGUUGGUACUGAAAUUUCGCAGUUGAACAAUAAAGAGAUUUCCAGUUCUCCAAUUGAAGUUUCAAAUACUGAUUCUUUGGAUAGGAUUUCAGCUUUUUCAGAAAAUAAUCAGAACUUGCAAGCUGAAACUGCUUCUGAAGGCAUGGUAGACAAUAGUGUAAGACUUGCAGAUUCAGAAGCCUUGGAUGGACAUACCCUCCUUGCUAAUGGAGAGGAAGUUGCAGCAAUGGACAUCAAGGAAGCAGCACCAAAUGAAGUUGAAUUGUCUGGGAAUGAUGCUUUGGUGGGGAAUUUGUGUUUGGUCAAGGAUCAGGAGCUAGUUGGUGCAAACGCUGAAAAUUUUGUAGAGGCUGAUGGUGACCAAGUGAAUAUUGCUGCAGAAGGUGAUAUUGCAGGAGUAGACCCCAUGGAUGUCUCAAGUCCUGAAAUAGAUGCCCCGAACGGAAAUUUAGCUUGUCCAGAAUCUGUUCCAUGUGCAGAUCCUGAAUCGAAUGGUGAACAGACCUGUAAGAUUGCUGUUGGUGAAGACACAGUUAUAGGUGAUGAGACUGUCUUGGACGUUCCAAAGACUGAUGUCCUGGAUGGUAAUUCAUCCUUCACAGAAAAUCAGAACUCAAAGGUUGAGACAGAUAGUGGAAGCACAGAAAAGAGGCUUUCCCAGACAGAUGCUGUAUCCUUCUCUGAAGGAACUCAGGUUGCUCUUGGAGGGGAAGUUGCUGCCAUGGAUGCUGAGGCAGUUUUAGAUUCCAAACCAGAAGAUAGGGGAGUGGAUGUUUUGGAUGGGGAUCUGUGUGGUCCAGAUGAAGUUAAUGCUCUGCAGGUGGACCCUGAAUUCAGUUGCAAACAAAGCCUAGUUGUUCAAGGAGACUCUAUAACAGUGGAGGAUGUAAAAAAUUCAUAUUCCAAAGCUGAAGUUCCUGAGUGUGAUGCUUUGAACAAGGAUUUAUCACUUUCAGAAAAAGAUCAAGAGUUGAAGACAGAGUCAGCACUUGGGAGCACAAAAAUGGAGGCUGGCACUCAUGUAGGUCCAUCUGGUCUUGGAACGGUUUCAGAUAGUUUGGAAGAGCAUACUUCUGUGCAACAUGAGAAAUUGGAGAUGGUUGUCCAGUCAGAUAAAAUUUUGGCUCAUGAGCUAGAUGGAGAUCAGAGUGUGAAUCCAUCUACUGUAGAAAAAAUGUCUGACCAAGUGUCUUGUGUUACAGCUAUUUCAAAUUCAGUUGUUGAGGUAGCUGUUGGAUCUCAAGGUGCAGUUAGCAUUUUCUCUUUUCAUGAUGAGAGUGAUACACUCUCCUCUUGCACUGCUGAUAUCAUCUGUGAUUUUCCAGGUGGAAAUCAAGGACCAGAGGUUCAUAUUGUCAGCAAUUAUGAUUCUUUACCUGAUGGAGAUGAUAGUAUGCGUAGUCAUGCCCAUGAUUUGGUAAUUUCUCCUGAAAUUGCAAAACAGGCUGUGGAAGCAAAAGACCAAUCCUUUAAUAUAGAUGAAGAUAAUAUUAUAGAUUCUGAUGUUCCUGAUACUAAGGUUUCUGAAUUUGGUGACAAUGAUGGCAUUGUGGGCAGCUUGGUAGUAGAUUUGGAUGCUGGUCCCAGAAGGGAUGGAAAUUGGAAUCUACAUGGUGAAAUUUCCAAGAAAAACAUUCCUUCUCUGGAUGAAUCUCACCAUGAAGAAGCUGAUUUUCAAGGAACAGUGGACAACUUAGGUUUUGAGAUGUCAGAAUGCUUAGAAGAGUCCACGGCUUUUGAUGAUGCCCAGGUUAUUUCAGAUGUAGGGCAAGAAACUGAAGCUGAAGGACAAGUUACUGACGCUGAACAGGUUUGUUUACAAGGAGGGCAAGAAAUAGGAGCUGAAGAACAGGGUACUGAUAAUGAACAGCAGAAAAGCUUAGAGGAGAAAACGGUGAAACGUGCUACUCUGAAGCCUGGAAACCUGAUAAGAGGACAUCAAGCUACUUAUCAGCUGCCACCAGAAAGUGAAGGUGAAUUUUCUGUCUCUGAUUUAGUCUGGGGUAAAGUUAGGAGCCAUCCCUGGUGGCCUGGACAGAUAUUUGAUCCUUCAGAUGCAUCAGAGAAGGCAAUGAAAUAUCACAAAAAGGAUUGCUUUUUGGUAGCCUAUUUUGGGGAUCGGACAUUUGCUUGGAACGAGGCAUCACUGUUAAAACCUUUUCGGACACAUUUCUCUCAGAUAGUGAAGCAAAGUAAUUCUGAGGUGUUCCAUAAUGCUGUUGAUUGUGCUUUAGAUGAGGUCUCCAGGCGGGUGGAGUUAGGGUUGGCUUGCUCUUGCAUACCAAAAGAUGACUAUGACGAGAUCAAAUGUCAGAUUGUUGAAAACACUGGGAUCCGGUCUGAAUCAAGUAGAAGAGAUGGUGUGGACAAAUCUGCAACUAUGAGUUUGUUGGAACCUGAUACAUUUGUAGAGUACAUAAAAGCAUUAGCUCAGUUCCCUUCUGGUGGGGCUGAUCAACUGGAACUUGUGAUUGCUAAGGCUCAACUGUUAGCUUUUUCCCGUUUAAAGGGCUAUCAUAGGCUGCCUGAGUUUCAGUAUUGUGGAGGACUGCAAGAAAAUGAUGCAGAUAUUUCAUGCUUCAAUGAAAUGAUGGAGCAUGAAACUGAUGUUUUGAUGGGUGAUGAUGGGAAGUUCAAAAUCCAAAACAGCUCUUCUCAUAAGCGCAAACACAAUUUAAAGGAUAGUGCAUAUCCUAGAAAAAAAGAAAGAAGCUUGUCAGAAUUAAUGAGUGGGAUGGCAUACUCCCCAGAUGAUGAAAACGAUUCAGAUGGGAAAGCUACAAGUAAACCGGUUUCAUCUUCUGGAAGGAAAAGGAAAGUUGUUGAUUCGUUUGGUAAUGACUUGGAGGUGCAAGAUAGGACUGAAAGUAUUUUCGUUGCAAAAGUUUCUAAUACUUCAGCUCCAAGUCCAAGGCAGUCUUUUAAGGUCGGUGACUGCAUUCGGAGAGCUGCGAGCCAACUGACCGGCUCUCCUUCAAUUUUGAAGUGUAGUGGUGAAAGACCUCAGAAGGUGGUAGAUGGAAGCAUUGGCAAACUUGGUGGGCCUGGAUCUGAUGUUUCAUUAAUGAGUCCUGAGGACCCUCAAAGGAUGAUCAUUCCUAUGGAAUAUCCAUCUCUAGAUGAGAUGUUGUCGCAACUUCGCUUGGCUGCACGAGAUCCAAUGAAAGGUUACAGUUUCCUGGAUACCAUUGUAAGUUUCUUCUCCGAAUUUAGGAAUUCAAUACUUCUAGGCCGGUAUUCUGGAAGGGAGAGUUUGACCAUGGACAAAGUAGCUGGUAAUAGAAGAAAGAAAUCAUCCCAACCUAUUGGAUCUCCUGAAGAGUUUGAAUUUGAAGAUAUGAAUGACACUUAUUGGACAGACAGGGUUAUCCAGAACACUUCUGAAGAGCAACCAGAGCAACCAGAGCAACCACCUCGCAGUGCUCGAAAGAGAAAAGAACCUCAGUUUGGCAGCACUGACCCUGAAAAAUCCCCUCAAUUAGGACGUAGGUCAUAUUCUAGGAAGCGAUAUUCUGAUGGCAAUCAUGAACUGGCAGUGGAGAAACCAGCCAACUAUGUUGAUGAGAAAGAGCGAGAAUUGUUGCCAGCUGAACUUAUACUGAACUUUCCUGAAGUAGAUUCUGUUCCUUCAGAAAUGAUUCUGAAUAAAAUGUUCAGGCGGUUUGGGCCUCUGAAGGAAUCUGAGACAGAAGUCGAUAGGGUGACCAGCCGUGCUAGAGUGGUUUUUAAGAGGUGUUCUGAUGCAGAAGUUGCUUUUAGUAGUGCUGGAAUGAUCAACAUUUUUGGACCAACGCAUGUUAAUUACCAGCUCAAUUAUUCUCCCUCAACGCUAUUUACACCUUUGCCCAUUGCAAUAGAACAAGACCAGGAUGUUGAAAGUUGACGUCUCACUCUGGGAAUUAAUCUGGUGUAGAUGUUUCAGGUGAGAGCCAAUGGUAUAAGAUAGUGGCAAGAUACAACGCCAGAUGAUGAAAGCUAUAGCAGCAUGCAACUGACUGAGCUGCUGAAGAAGGUAACAGCAUUUUUGUUCAUCUUGUUAUGUAUUUAUUUAUUUUGUUGUUCUUUCUGUUUCAUAUUUAACCAAGAAGCAUGAUGUUACAUCAUGUCAUGAAAUCUCACUUGUAUGCUUAGUUCCUUGUAUACUAAUGGCAAUGUACUAUGUAGUUUCUAAAUUCAACCGUGGAAGCAUGAUUCCUAAUACUGUUGGUGCUAAAUAGCAUGCAUGUCGUCUAAGGAUAUUAAUAUGUAUGUUUUAAUCAUAGUGAAGUUCCACUUUGUCCUUCAGCUGGUUUUUUGAAGCAUAAGCUAUUUAACAUUGGAAAUGAUAACAUUUGUUGAUGAAUGAGGAUUACAUUCAAGUAAGGCCCUUUAUUAGUUUUUUCAUGUGAUAUGUCUUUAUGAGCAUUACAAUCAUGCAAGAAAGUAGCACCGAACUUCCUCACCUGGCAUGGAUAGGUUUUCUCUUUCUUCUCUCUUUUGGAGUGCUUGAUAUUUCAGAGAGAGAGAGAGAGAGAGAGAGGGCAUCGGAUUAUUACCAAGCUCUACUGGUUGAUUUCACUUCAGAAAUGGGGAAAACUAUGGAAUAUACAAAAGAUCAUAACCAUUAGUGCUUCAAGGCUCACUGUGGUUAUUAGACAGAAAUGGGAGCAGGGAGGGGGCAGAAUUUUAAAGAUGGCUCCAUUCCAUAAACAUUUUUAUACAUUUUCCCUUUUCCUUUUCUUUGUUCUAUUUGUGAAACAAAUGGAGAGCAGGGCUAAUAGUUAAUUCAAAGAUACUAUUAGACAGAAUGAUAAGACAGUUAAAAAACUUGAAAGGUGUAUGUGAAGUUUACGCAGCCAUAACAUGUUCCAGUUUUUAUUGCUGUUAUAUGCACGUCACUGAAUCUUCAGCACACAGGGCCAACUGUUUAUUUAUAAAUGAUGUGUCUAAGAAAUAAAUUUUACAUUGUUAAAGUAAUACUACUGUGUGUGUGUUUUAGCUGGUCAUGUCUUUUAAGCAUCGAGCCCUUUGCUUAGCUUUCACAGGGACAUUGGUGGUCAUGUAUGAUAGUUAAUAGUAAUAAUAAAUAAUUAUUUACCAUUUUGGUUUAUAUGUUAUUCCAAUUUCUUUCUCUGAGGUGAAAUCAGAACACUCCAGUUGUUAUCUAUGGUGAUUACUGUUACAUAAUCAGUACAUUUUGGAACUUGGCAGGUGUUGUAUAUUGGGCUCAAGAGAUGGGAGUUGUUGGAUUUGUAAAAUCAUCGUAACCUUUGUAUUCUACCUUUUGUGUUUCAGAUUUAGGGUUGUAAUUUUAGUUGUGGCAAAAACCAACCUUGUGGUUGGUACUCAUCCUACUAUCUAUAUGAUAUGAAAGGUUGUCUCGCAACUUUGAAACUGGCCAUAAUAAUGCUCUUUUAGUUUCAAAAUCUGGGAGGUGAAGUUCAGCAUCCCCAAUUCUUGGACGAGUUGUUGACACAAUCAAAUGCCAUUCAUUCCUGUAAUAGACCAUUGAAACCCUGCAUGCUUUCUGAAGUGGUAUUUUGAAUUUGAGGCUUGGGCUAUAUUUUAUGCUCGAUAUUCAUACAA